AGGAGGGGAAAGCAAACCAGAGGAGAGAGAAGGAGAGAAGGAGAGCGGAGAGAAGGCGAAGAAGAUAGGACGGUGGAGGAGAAAAAGAAGAUCUGGCCGGAAAAUCCAUCCUUUUUCGAUUUCUUUAAAGGUUCUGACGAGGAUUGCCGAUCGAAUACCUCGGAGGAGUCGGUUUUCGGUACCUUUCCGGCAAAAAUCUGUCGAGAAGCGGCCGAGAUCUGCUUCAGAUAUCGGUUGUCGGAGGAGAGGAGGGUGCGAAGAUGAGAAGAAGCGGAGAGAGAUGAACUGAUUGGAUGAAGGAGAGUGAAGGGAGAUGGAGAGGAAUCGGGAAGCGAGGAGAGGAACCGUGGCGGCUAACGGUGGAUUGUCGAGGAGGAGGCAGAGGAGCAACAGCUUGAGAGACUCUCCGGAGGAAGAUGGAGGGAUGGAGAUGGCGGAGGCGACGAGGCUUCGGGAUCGAGGUAGCAAGAAGGAUCGAGAUCGGGAUAGAUCAAGCCGGAGCAAGCGGAGGCGAGGCGAGCGGAUGCUGCACGGGAGCAAUAGAGACGAAGGAGACGACAGCUCCGAGGAGAGUGUCGAGGAGGAGGAGGAGGACGAGGACGAUGACGUGUCCGCGGCCGUCUGGCUGCCGCCGCCGCCUCCUCCUCCUCCAAAUCCGGCGUCCUCGUCCUCUUCGCUGCCUCAGAGCAACCACCACCACCACCACCAGCAGAACCGGAAGAGCUUCCCGACCAAGCUUACGAGGACUUCGACCGUCUGGAAGGCGGACGAGAUGAUAGGAUUCUCGGUACCAAGGAAAGCCCGUUCAGCAUCUGCGAAAAGGUCACAUGACUGUUGGGUUUCAGGUGGCUCUGGAAGUGGAGAGCAGAUUCCCCGGCAAGCUUCGACCUCUCCCUCGAGGCUCAGCCCUGCCUCUACCACCCAGAUCUCACCCUCCUCCUCCAACGCCUCCGCUCGGAAGAAGAUGAAACCGAUGAGUGGAUCCAAGCACCGCCCCGCCAAGGUCUCCAAGUCGCCGUCUUUGAUCCAGGAGGAUAUCGAGAUCGAGGUCGCCGAGGUUUUGUAUGGGAUGACCAGGCAAUUCCAAUGCCCACCAAAGCAGGAGAGCCAGAAGCUUGAUUCCAAGGACAUUAAUGGCGGUUCAGGCAAUGAUGCUAAGUCGAGGGUCUCCUCACCAAACACGAUCUCCUCUCCUCCCGCAGCAUCCCAGACAUCUGUUCUCCCCCCUUCCAAUUGCAGUUCUAAUCCCAACUCCUUGUCUGCUACUGCUCCAAAGAGGAAAAAGCCAAGGCCUAUUAAAUUUGAGAAUGAAAGCCCCACGAGUCCAGUUGGCUUAAUCGCUCUUCCGAGCACGUCUGCGUCGCCUUCAGCUAAGUUGGAGUCUGAGCAACCGAUGAAGACGGAGGUUUCAUCGCCAAGAUCAGAGAAGAACACUGGUUCUCCUGCCAUCGAAGACGGCGGCGGUUCAGUUGAUGUCUCUGUUGCUCAGGUGGCUGUGGCCGCCUUGGAUGUACAGCAGUAUUCAGCAAAGAUGGAGAACGAUUCAAUCCCGGAUCCCAAGCUUUUGGAGGGAGAACGGGAUGGUCAAAAUCGGAUUGAGAGCCAUAAAGAAGCUGCUUCACCUGCAAAUGAAACUUCUUGUGCCGAUUUGGUUGCCAAUCGUAGUGAAGAAACCGCAAAAAAGGCAGAUCCAGUGGGUGAUGUUGCCCGCGAAGAGAAGUUUAACAUUGAUCUUAUGGUUCCUCCUCCAGAGAGGGAUGAAGUGUGUGAUUUCGAUAUGGAUCACAGGUCGCAGGUUUCUAAGAUUGACAUGGUGUCAAAAAUGAACAUUGAGAAGAAGGAAGAAAAAAAGGCACCACAAGCAGAUGAAACUCUUGACGAGGACCAGAUGGUUGAGAAUUCCACCGAGGAGGAAUCCAAUUCAAGGAAGCAGACGGGUAAAGAGAGGACCCUUGUCCUGCAGAUUGAUUUGGAGAAACCAGAUAAGGACAGCCUCGAUGGCGCCAGGCUGCCAUUCCAGAAGCAGCAAGCAAAAGUCCCUAAAUCGGAGCCUAAACCAGAGAAGCCCGCAACAUCUACUUCCCUGCCUACGCCGAUGACCGUUGCAGGCUGGCCUGGAAGUUUUCCUCCAUUUGGGUAUAUGGGUCAAGUUCCAUCUCUGCAAGCAAUUAUUCCCAUGGAUGGAAAACCUGGGUCUUCGAAUAUCUUACAGCCUCCUAGCUUCGUUUCUCCGCAGCCCCGCCCGAAGCGCUGUGCGACGCACAGCUAUAUUGCACAGAACAUAUACUACCACCAGCGGCUUGCAAAGAUGAAUCCUUUCUGGCCUUCAGGAGGAGGCACCACGCCGCCAAUACAGGGGGCCAAGCCAUGCAAUCUCAAUGCUGUGCCACCUUCAGAUGGAUUUGCAGGCGGCUUCCCAGGGAGGAAUGCGGGCUCCUUGCAAGACAAUAAGGGGGCCGCAGCGGUGUCUUCACUCACUGGACCUUCCUCUAAGGAGAGGAUGCCGUCGACCAAUGAUACUACCGUGGAUGCUGAGCAGAGGAAGCAGCUAGCCCACCAACAUCCACCCCAGCCUGGUUCAGCGGCCAAUGCUCUUCCCGUCCCUGCGUUCAUAUUUCCUUUCAACCAGCAGCAGGCUGCUGCAGCUGCCAUGGCCGCUGCUGCCACGCUAUCUGGUGCGGCAAAAUCCAGUCCAGGGCUCAGCAAUGGGGCACCAGCUUCUGGUGCCUCUGCUUCGGUGGCGAUGAGCUCGGGAGCUGGUGGACCGGCAGCUCCCAUGAACUUAAGCUUUGCCAGCUUGCCCCCAAAUGAAGCUCAGUACCUGGCUAUACUGCAGAACAAUGCGUACCCUUUUCCUAUUCCUGCGCAUGUUGCAGGAGCUCCACCUUUCAGGGGAGCGAGUCCUGGCCAACCAAUGCCCUUCUUCUACCCUUCCCAGAUGCUCCACCCAUCGCAACUCCAACAGCAGCAUCUGCCGGGGCCACAACAACCUCCCCAUGCCCGACAAGGCCACCAUAAGCCAAGCUCAUCAAGCGGAUCAUCGUCCUCCCAGAAGCACCCGCAGCAAUCACAGCGGGCUUUGGGAGGUGGAGCGAGUGGCGGCGGCAAUUCACUUGGCUUUCCAGCUACAAAUCCGAGGCAGGUCCUGCUCCCCCACCAGGCUCGGCAGCACGAGUCAGACAAGGGCUUGGAAGACGGCCCCCCAACUGCUGAUGGUAGGGCUUCUCAAGCACAGAAGAACAUCUAUGGCAACAACUUUCCAGUUCCCAUGCAUUCCCAGAAUUUUACCUUGAUGUCUAAUGCUACGGCCGCUGCAACAUCGGGCAGCGGUGGGGGUCAGAGCGACAAGCAACCUUUGCAUCAUCAACAGCAGCAACCGCUACGGAACCAGGUGCUGAAAGUGGAACUCGCAUCGUCCCAAGGUUUCGCAAUGCCCUUUGCAUUUAGUGGCGCUGGAGCAGCUCCACCAGGCCUUGGCUUCUCUUCCAUGGCGCAAAAUCACGCCCUUUUCCACAGCUUCCCUGAGGCAGCGGGGCAUGGAUACCCCCACUUCGCCACAGCUGCUGCUGCUCCCCCCCAAGCAGCUCAGCAGAAGAAGGCCAUGGAAGAUGGGAGGCCUGCUACUGGCGACUCGACGAUGGCGGGCAGCAAAGCUCCAGCCGGUGGUGGUUCACAGCAUUCUCUUAACUUCUCGAAAUCGGACAGUGAGCCUGCCAUCUCUUCCGUCAUUGGCAGCAGCGUCGUCGACGGCGCACCUCGAACAUUGAGUCUCAUUUCAGCUGCUUCCAACGCUAGUCAAACUACAAACCGAUCUGGUGGUGCCACUCCCUUGGCCGCAUCGGCUGUCACGACCACCGCCAACCUUUUGAAUUCCCAACCGCAGCAGCUGCAGCAACAGCAAGAGCAGCAGCUAAUUCAGCCUCAGAAUCCGCACCUUCAGCAGCAGCAGCGACAUCUUACGCCAACCCACACAAAGUCCUCUGCAUCAAGCAACGGUGCAAGUGCUUACUCCGAGCGUCUGCCUGGGGGCUCCACCAAGUACCCCCAAACUCUUCCCGCUUUCCCUCAUCCCCUUAUCCAUGGCGGCAGCCCCACCCAGUCGCCACAAUGGAAGGCCUCCACCGCAAGAGCUGCCGCACCUUCCCCUGCCCCAACCUCUGCUCAACCAGUAGUGAAGAACAACCAUCUCCAGCAGCAAGCAGGCAGAGCCACCCAGCAGCCUCUUCCGGCCCCAGGCCACCAAACUCAGAUAUCUUUCGGUGCGAGUUCCAUGAAGACGGUAUCCACCGGAGGAGGACAGCAUCGCUCUGGGGCAUCUAGCAAUCCAUCUUCAUCUGCCACCGCAGCUGUUGCCGUUGGCUCCCCCUCCCAUUCAGUUUCUAAGAGUGGUGCUGGUGGCAGUCCACGGGCUUCAGCAAGUACGAGACCUGGUCAGCCGGCCGCUCCUCUUCCCCCGCAAUCAUCUGUCAAGAGUUCCAUUCUGGGCCACCCCCACAUCACUUCAGCCCCUAGCUCUGGUUCUAAACCCCAGCAGCCGCUGUAUCAGCCUCAGCAGCUACCCAGACCAUAUCCAUUCCCUAAUGCUCCGCUCAUGUUCUCCAAUGCUGCCUAUACAUUGCUUCAACCCCAGGCUCCUCAAUCCAAUGCUGCUGCAGCAGCGGCCGCUGCCGCCGGGUAUUAUCAAAGACGCCCAUGCGAACAGCAGCAGCAGCAGCAGCAGUACCAGCCAAGCUCGACACCAGGCUCCACCGGGAUGCUUGCCCUUGCACCUUCUGCUCUAAUGCCGGCUGGUGCAUCCACGACGAACGACCCUGCAAAGGCUGCGGCCGCCGCUGAUAACAGCAUGAAGGGACUGGCCCCUCCAGGCCUUAUGCAUGCUGCGCAUCUUGCUGUGGCGGCCCAGUCUGCCUCCGGCGCUCCCCACCAUCUCAUCCCUGGCUCAUUCCCUUAUAUGAUGCCGCCUAUCUCCAUGAAGCCUGCAGCUGAUCAGAAGCCUGCAGCCGGAACGAUUGGUUUGCCCAGGGAAUGACCAUUUGCAUGCAUGCUGGCAGCCUGAGAAGAGAUAAUGAGGAUGGAGAUGACGAUGCUGCCGCUGAGGCCGAAUGGACCACCGAUGCCCAGGCACGCUAUUGGAAGCCAUCUUCUCUCUUGUUUGUGGCCAGCAGCACGAUUCUCUAAAGACUAAAGAGGCUGCUGCAGCUGAGCCUGGGCGUUUGCACUGGUGAAGAGUUCGAACGAAAGGAUAAGAAGAGGAGGAAAAAGGAAGGGAGACGGUGGGUCUGCCUUCAUGUUCGGGGCGGGUCGUGCCCUUUGUCUUCCAUCCUUUUUCUGCUACCGUGAGAGGAGGGGCUCAGACUUUGGAGAGGGGGAGACGAGCACGAAAGACUUUUGGAAACAGCAGCGUUGAGUAGAAUUUCCUCCUGUCUCAAUUUUGUAGUCGGUUGUCUGAUGCCCUUCUACCCUCCUGGACGCCUUUCUCUUCAAAUUUAUUCUAACUUCACAUCAAAGAGGGAAGGAUGACAGUGACUAAUUUAGAUUAUUUUCUUGUUGAUAAUUCUUGCGAGUCGUAUCUGUUUUCCAUUUGAAGAUGGUCUGGGCAUAAGCAGGUGCAGGAUCGGGGUUGUGGCAUUUGUUUGUGAGGUUUUGGAUGUCUAUACAUGGAUUGCUCGCUAAUGGAUAUUAGUUUAUGUUAACUUAAAAGGACAUCGGUGUAUUUUCCAUUGUUAAGAAAAUCUAGUGACUUGGUUGCUCA